CGAACAACGGCCAUGGCGAACGCUAAGAAACGCGCCGCGGACCCCGCCGCCGAUGCUUCGUCCAAGAAAACCAAGGCAGACCUACUCCAAGGCGUGAACAUCCAGGCCAUCAUGAAUGCCGAAGGCCCGGUCGUCCAGUGUGUGUUGCUCAAGGCCGACGGAACCAUGGAACAAGUCACAGUCGACAUGACACCCCAAAAGCAAGAGGUCAAGGCUCUUCUUGGCGGCGCAUGCCAUUUCUUGGGCCAGUACGAAGACAUUGAAGUGUUCCUCAUGUGCAACCCGGACGCCCAAGACGACGACAGCGUUCCAGUGACCAAACAGAAAAUGCAGCCACCGUUCCAUGGCCGUCUUGGCGAAAUUCGCGGAGACAUCUUGAUCUUCCGCACGGACGCUAGUGGCGAGCAGCAGGACUUCACCGUCGACGAGUACAAGUCGUUUUUGGCGCUGGACCUGCCGGAAUGGGAGCCCGAAGAGGACGACGACGACGACACCGAAGCUGACGACGACGAUGAGGCGUAUAAGAAGGCGGCGCUGGCUUAUCUCGUUGAAGAAUUCACGGAGGAGAACGGCCGCGAACCCACGGAAGCCGAGCGCCACGACAUCGAAGCCAAGGUAGAGGCGGAAAUGGCCGACUCAUCCGACCACCCCGAUGCAAGCGAAGCAGCCCUGCAGUUCUUUGUAGCGCAGUUCGUGGAGGAGCACGGUACUGGCAUCGUUGACACCGCGAGGCGACUCGCUUCAUGACACGGCGUAGACAGGGAGCCGAACGAGGACGAGCUGAACGAGCUUAAGCAGCGCGUCGCGGAAGAGAUGGAGAAGCUCGUCGUGUCGGAGGACGACGACGGCGGAGACUUGGAAGAUGUAGAAGACAUCCACGAGCUCAUUCAGGCGCUGAUGGACGAAGCGAUUGUGCGGUUCACAAAGGAGCAUGGCAACGAGCCAGACGACCUGACCAAGCAAGCCAUUCUGAAAAAUGUCACGCGCAUUGCGUACACGCUGCAAGGCGACGACCAGGAUGUCCAGGACGACGACGACGAAGAAGAAGAAGGUGGCGAGAAUGACGUCGAAGGCACAGCGUAGGCAUCGCCCUGUGAGCCACCCAUCGUUUGAAUAGACUGUUUGGUGUUACGCCGUGAUCGAGCGCGUCGUUACGGCUU